GGAAAAUGUCAAGGGCAAGGAUAAAGCACAGGAAGAGGGAGUAGCAGAUGACAGUGUGGAUGAUAGUGCAGAUGAUAGUGCAGAUGACAGUGUGGAUGACAGUUCAGAUGAUCACAGCAAGGCUGAGAUCAGUGCUAGUGCAAUUCCAGUCUUCAGGUAUCUGGUGGGAGGCAAAACCAUGCCAAGACACCAUUCCCUUCUCAUUCCCACUCAAAUCCCCCACCAGCUGAUGGUUCCAAUACAAACCCUGAUCUGCACUCAGGGAAAAAAAAGGCAGAAAGCUGAAAUCCACCCUGAAGUGCACACACAAGGCAAGUUCAGACAUGUUGAAUCAGCUGUUAUGGCUAACAAGUUUGUGCUGUGUGUUAAGCAGGCUCUGUUGGAUUCGACAUCUGCAAAUGUGAAACAGGGUGUCCCUUCGGGCACCUGGAAGUCACCUCAUGUCAGAAAGGCCCCUGCAAGGCCAGAUGCAGAUGUUCCAUCUCCUGAUGCAAUGAGAUCAUGGAAGCAAACAGGCAGCAAUUGGAAGCAGGAGUAG